CUAUUUUCUCGGGCAGGAAAAUUACGUUGACAACAGUUUAUUAAUUUUCGGGUUCACUGAAUCUGGAUGGAAUUCCAGCUCUUCUUUCCCCUACCGGUUUCUUUCUUCCAUGAAUAUAAUAUUUGAUCACCGGCGCAACCACCAGCACCAUCGAGAUUGCACAGCAGGCGAAAAGAAUAGUUGAUCUUACAUGGGUUCGCGGGCUGAUGAUGAUGAGGUUGAAACAAAGGAGCUGGACAUAAGAAGCAUGUCAUCCUCUAGCCGACAGACACAUAAUAUGCAGUAUGUCCACAAGGUAAGAGUUCCUCCCAAGCAGAACCUCUUCAAGGAAUUUGCAACCACUGUCAAAGAAACAUUCUUUGCAGAUGAUCCUCUACGCCCCUUCAAGGAUCAACCAAAGUCCCGGAAGUUCAUCUUAGGCAUCCAGGCCAUCUUUCCCAUUCUUGAAUGGGGAAGAAGUUACAACCUUACCAAGUUCAAAGGUGAUAUCAUCGCUGGACUGACCAUUGCAAGUCUCUGCAUUCCUCAGGAUAUUGGUUAUGCAAAGCUAGCACAUUUGGAUCCACAAUAUGGACUUUACUCCAGCUUUGUUCCUCCAUUGAUUUAUGCCUUUAUGGGUAGUUCAAGAGAUAUAGCCAUAGGACCGGUUGCUGUCGUAUCACUCUUACUAGGAACUCUGCUUCAAAAUGAGAUUGAUCCCACAAAAAAUGCACCUGAAUAUCGGCGCCUUGCAUUUACCGCUACAUUUUUUGCUGGGAUCACCCAAGCAACCCUGGGAAUUCUAAGGUUGGGUUUCUUGAUUGACUUUCUGUCCCAUGCUGCCGUGGUUGGUUUCAUGGGUGGAGCUGCCAUUACAAUCGGCCUCCAACAACUUAAGGGUUUUCUUGGAAUCAACAAAUUUACUACGAAAACAGAUAUCAUUUCUGUAAUGCGCUCUGUAUGGAGCACAGUCCAUCAUGGAUGGAACUGGCAAACUAUAGUGCUUGGGGUCAGCUUUCUAUGUUUCCUUCUGUUUGCUAAGUACAUUGGAAAGAAGAACAGGAAAUUAUUCUGGGUGUCUGCAAUUGCCCCUUUGAUAUCUGUCAUUCUGUCCACCUUUUUUGUGUAUAUAACUCGUGCAGACAAGGAAGGAGUUCGGAUUGUGAAACAUAUAGAGAGAGGAAUUAAUCCACCGUCAGUAGAUGAAAUCUUCUUCACUGGUCCAUAUGUUCUAAAAGGUUUUAAGAUUGGCGUAAUCGCUGGUAUGAUAGGAUUGACAGAAGCUGCAGCGAUUGGAAGGAUAUUUGCUUCUCUGAAGGACUAUCAAUUGGAUGGCAACAAAGAAAUGGUGGCACUAGGAGCAAUGAAUGUUGUUGGUUCAAUGACUUCCUGUUAUGUUGCCUCAGGUUCAUUUUCUCGAUCUGCGGUAAAUUACAUGGCUGGUUGUCAAACGGCAAUUUCUAAUGUUAUCAUGUCUUGUGUUGUAUUUCUAACCUUGGAAUUCAUCACACCUCUUUUUAAGUACACACCAAAUGUUAUUCCCGCUGCCAUUAUUAUAUCAGCUGUUGUUGGCCUAUUUGACGUUCAGGCUGCAAUUUUGAUAUGGAAGAUUGAUAAGUUUGAUUUUGUUGCUUGUAUGGGAGCCUUCUUUGGAGUAGUUUUUGCAUCUGUUGAGAAAGGCCUCUUAAUCGCAGUCUCAAUAUCCUUUGCUAAGAUCCUCUUGCAAGUUACUCGACCUAGAACUGCGGUCCUCGGAAAGAUACCCAGGACAAACGUGUACAGAAAUAUUCUACAGUAUCCCGAAGCAGUUAGCGUUCCAGGUGUUCUAAUUGUGAGAGUGGAUUCUGCAAUUUAUUUCUCCAACUCUAACUAUGUUAAGGAGAGGAUAUUAAGAUGGUUAACAGAUGAGGAAGAAAAAGUAAAAGCAGCCUGUCUACCAAGGAUCCAGUUUUUGAUUGUUGAGAUGUCGCCUGUGACUGACAUAGACACCAGUGGCAUCCAUGCCUUUGAAGAAUUACACAGGAGUCUUGAAAAGAAAGGUGUUCAGCUUAUUCUGGCAAAUCCAGGGCCAGUGGUGAUAGACAAGCUGGAUCUGUCAAAUUUUGCAAAUUCCAUUGGGGAGGACAAGAUCUUCUUGACUGUUGCAGAGGCGGUCUCAUCGUGUUAUCCAAAACCGGUAGAUGAAGUAUGAGAAAUGAGCAAUGUGUUGUAAUGGGGGGGAGGGUUUGCUUAAUGGUUUUAAGUGCAGCGUUAAUCAUAAAGGUGGACCAGGUGG